UGGGAUCAUAUCAGUUCUUCGCUUAGAUUGAGCAACAUUACCGCGAAAAGUGUUACAGAAACAUGCAGAGGAUAAUCGCAAUUGUGGCCAUCAUGGCAUUGGGAGCAUCAUCUGUGACGGCACAAAGUUGUCAAACAUGCCAGUCGGAUAACGAUGUGUACUGCCACAAUCAGACCUCCUAUCAGAAUUGCAUGAAAAGCGCUCCGAUUGGAAAAGUAAUCGAGUGUCCCUCGGGCACCGUUUGCUCCAAUUCCGAAGAUGUGUGUGUGGCUAGCUCUGCCUUGACCUCAACUAUCCUGGACGUGUGUGGAUCCUCUGGCGCAAACGGUGCCCAGUGUGAGGAGUGCUCGAAUGGCGCCAAAUACGCCUGUGUGAGCAGAACAUCCUAUGCCCGUUGCUCCUCAAGCGGAGCUCUACUCACCUCCAAUGUUUACGACUGUGAUUCCGAUGAGAUUUGUGUCAUCCAGGCACUUGCUACGUAUGACACCAUCUGUGUGCCUUCUUGUGCCGCCGAAUUUGUGGGCGUAACCGAAACUUGCAGCAACACUGUAUACCAGCCCAUCACCACGACAGCUGCUCCGCCGACAACGCCCAGUGCAGCCCAAAAGCAGCAGGCUUGCAGUGAUGGCGGAACUAGCAACACUGCCUCUUACUUCUAUGUCCCAUAUACUGACGACUCCACGUGCAACAGUUACCUGUAUUGCCAGAAAUCGGGAACCGACUGGGUGGCCAUCUACAUGUCCUGUGCUCCCACGAAGCCCUUCUUUGACUCGACCACCAGCAGGUGUGUGGACACCAGGCCUGCCAGUUGCUCGGUAACAACAACCACGACCACCAGUGCCACUUCGACUCAAACAACUUUAUCUUCGACUGAUUCUACAAGUAGUGAUUCUUCCACGAAUGCUUCUACUGCAGCAGCUUCUUCCACACCUGCUCCAUCCGCAACUGAUACACCCGGUGAUUCCUCCACGGGUGCUUCUGAGUCUACAGGUGCUACCACUGCAACACCUGCUUCGCAAUCCCCCAACUAAAUCUCUAAUGAAAAGAGAAAAGAAAAGGCAUUCUCAAAGCUUUUAAAAUCUUAAUCUUAAUUUGUAAACAAUCUUUUAAUAAUCAU